AUGUUGGCUGCCUCAUCGCUAGCUUUGGCAGCGGCCUCGUGGCUGUUUGGAUCAGCCGCAGCCGCUCCACUCUUUGACAGUGCUCCCCACUGCAACUUCACGGUCACCCAGGGUGCUGCUACCACAGUGACCAAGACGGAAACCGUGUACGGCUUGUGCUCUUUACCGCACUCGGCUUCUGGCUGGACGACUGCCAGCGUCCCCGGCGACGCUGUGAGCACGACGACCUUCUACACCACGGUGUUCCAGGACGCGUGCUCGUGCUACGAGACGCAGACGUUUGUCUACGUCCCCCCCGUCGACAAUGUGCAGACGGUGUCGGCCACCACCAACUGGGGUCUCGUUCCCCCGGCCUCGCUCACCGAGCAAUGGACGGCCUGGACGACCGUGACCACCAUGGUCCCCGUCACUGAAACUUAUACCUCUGCCGGCUCCGUCGUCACCACCAUUUCGCCUAGCCCUGUCACCGUUACUCAGCCUGCCUACGCUCCUGCUUCCAGCAACGCCAUCAAGUAUGUUCCCGUCACCGAGACGAUCACCUACCAAGGCACCACCUACACCAAGGUGGUCACCCAGACGAUCACCAAGUCCGUCCCCGGUUCCGCCGUGACCAAUUAUGUGCCCUACACCAGCACGGUCAGCGCGCCCGACACCACGUACGAGACUGUGUACACGCAAACCGUCGUCUCUGGAACUGCUCCUGGCUCCGCCGUCACCCAGACGGUUCCCGUCACUGAGACCGUAGUCUCCCAAGGCACCACCGUCACGUCUGUCUACACUCAGACCAUCACCGAGUCUGUCCCUGGCGCUGACGUGACCACCUAUGUGCCCUUGACCUCUACCGUCUCCGUCCCCGGCACCACCUUCGAAACGGUCUACACGGAAACCAUUGUUACCGAGUCUGUCCCCGGUACGACCGUUACCGAAUACGUGCCCAGCACCCAGACCGUCACCGUUCCCGGCUCCACGUACGAGACUGUGUACACGCAAACCAUCGUCACCGAGAGUGUCCCUGGCACCGUGUACACCACCAUCGUCACCGAGUCGUUCCCCGGUACCCCUGUUACCCAGACAGUCCCUGUGACUGAGACUUUUACCUCUCAGGGCACGACCUACACCACGGUCUACACUGAGACCACGGUCACCAACCCUGCCCCGGCUACUUACACCACCGUUGUUACUGAGACCAUUCCCGGUGCACCGGUCACCGAGACGAUCACCGUCCCCGGCACCGUCUACACUUCUGUUGCUACCGAGACUGUUCUCACCGAGUCCGCCCCCGGCACCACUGUGACCAACUAUGUCCCUGUCACCAAGACUGUCACCAUCCCCGGUACCACCUACACUACUGUGUACACUGAGACCAUUCCCGGUGCCCCCGUCACCGAGACCGUCCCCGGCUCUCCUGUCACUGAGACCGUCACCGUCCCCGGAACUGUCUACACCUCUGUCGCUACCGAGACUGUGCUCACCGAGUCUGCCCCCGGCACCACGGUGACCAACUAUGUCCCUGUGACCAAGACUGUUACUGUUCCCGGCACCACCUACACCACCGUGUACACUGUUACUGCUCCCGGCUCUCCUGUCACUGAGACGGUUACCAUUCCCGGCACCGUCUACACCACCGUCUCCUCUGAGACUGUGCUCACUGAGACUGCCCCUGGCACCACAGUGACGAACACUGUCCCAGUCACCAAGACCAUUACUGUUCCCGGUACUACUUACACUACCGUGUACACCGAGACCAUUCCUGGUGCCCCUGUCACCGAGACCGUCCCUGGCUCUCCCGUUACUGAGACCGUCACCGUCCCUGGCACCGUGUACACCACUGUCUCCUCCGAGACUGUUCUCACUGAGUCUGCUCCCGGCACCACUGUGACCAACACUGUUCCUGUCACUCGUACCAUCACUGUUCCCGGCACCACCUACACUACCGUGUACACUGUUACUGCUCCCGGCACUCCUGUCACCGAGACUGUUACAAUCCCCGGUACCGUCUACACCACCGUCUCCUCUCAGACUGUUCUUACCGAGACUGCACCUGGCACGACUAUCACGAACACUGUCCCCGUCACCGAGACUGUUACUGUUCCUGGCACUACCUUCACGACUGUUUACACUGAGACGAUCCCUAAUGUUCCCAUCAAUGUUAUUACUUCCGUGAUUUCUGAGUCAGUCCCCGGCACCAUCGUCACUGAGACGAUCCCUGUUACUGAGACUCUCACCUCUCAAGGUACUACCUACACUACUGUCUACACUCAGACUACUGUUACCGAGUCUUUCCCUAACAAGGUCUACACCACCGUGUACACCGAGACCAUUCCUGGCUCUCCCGUUACCGAGACCGUUACUGUUCCCGGCACCGUCUACACCACUGUCUCCUCCGAGACCGUGCUCACUGAGACUGCCCCUGGCACGACUAUCACGAACACUGUCCCUGUUACCAAGACUGUUACUGUUCCCGGCACUACUUACACUACUGUGUACACUGAGACCGUUCCUGGUGUCCCUGUCACCGAGACCGUCCCCGGCUCUCCCGUUACUGAGACGGUUACCAUUCCUGGAACCGUCUACACCACCGUCUCUUCUGAGACCGUGCUCACUGAGACCGCCCCUGGUACCACCGUUACUGACUACGUCCCAGUUACCAAGACCAUCACUGUUCCCGGCACCACCUACACUACCGUGUACACUGUUACCGUCCCAGGAAGUCCUGUAACCGAGACUGUCACUAUCCCCGGAACCGUCUACACCACUGUCUCUUCUCAGACCGUCCUUACUGAGACUGCUCCUGGUACCACUGUUACUAACACUGUCCCCGUCACUGAAACUGUUACCAUUCCUGGUACCACUUUCACGACUGUUCGCACUGAGACUGUCCCCGGCACUGUUGUCACCAGUGUGGUCACCGAGUCUAUUCCCGGUACCACUGUUACCAACACUGUACCUGUCACUGAGACGUUCACUUCUCAAGGUUUGACUUACACUACGGUGUACACCAACACCACUGUUACCGAGUCUUUCCCUGGUACUGCUAUUGUUUCUACGGUCACCAAGUCGAUUCCCGGAAACAACUACACUGUUGUCACCACUGUCCCCUACGUAACCACGACUCAAUGGGUUCCUGUUACAAGCUCCGUUGUUCGCAACGGUAGCACUGAGGCUACUACUCUCUACACGAAGACCACCCUUACUAGCACCACUGUGCCUGUUCCUUCGUCUACCCCCUCUUUCCCUGUUAACAGCAGCACUGCCUCGGUUCCCAACGGUUUCGUUAGUACCAGCAGCUUGUACACUCCCUCCAGUUCGUUCUAUCCCUCGAACAGUACUAGCUCUGUCCCUGCUGCCCCCAGCAGCUUCAGCUCUGUUCCUGCUUUGAACACUACUAGCUCUGUCCCUGCUGCCCCCAGCAGCUUCAGCUCCGUUCCUGCUUUGAACACUACUAGCUCUGUCCCUGCUGCUCCCAGCAGCUUCAGCUUCUUCUUCCCUAGCAGUGUCCCUAUUCACCAGGUGACAUUUAACACGAGCACCGCUCCUGUUACCAGCAGCGCUCCUGCUUCGGUCUACAGCUCCGUCCCCGUUGCCCCUGUCAACUCGACCUCUGUUCCCGUUGUCUUCUCUAGCACUGCCAGCUUGAGCACUGUCCCUGUUACUACUUCUGUCUCCUCUAUUCCUACUAUCACUAGCACUAGCGUUGCUUCGUCUAGCUGUGGUUGCUCUUACAUUACUAAGACUCUUACCCACGCCGCUUCUUCCUGUACCUCGGGUGCAUAUGCCUCUGCCACUCCUUUGUGCCACAACAACUAUGCCCAGGGUACUCCUGCUGGUAGAGUGAACUUCAUUUCUGCCCGCAAGGUUGAUGGUGGUGCCUACGAAGUCGCUUGGAACAUGAAGCUUGACACUGCUAACGGUGUUCCUGCAAUUAGUGAUAUCAAGGAUGUCGGUACCUCUCCUGCUACCAUCUAUGACGGUAGCAAGGGUUCUGCUUCUGACUACUACAACUUCAACUACGUCGACACUCUUACUCCCUGGAUUGACCAAGAGUGUGAUUGCAAGCAAAACUGUGUUGAUAUUAAGUUCCAAUACGACUGGGCUGACGGCAGUGCCACCAAGUACAAGAGUGGUUGCUCUGGUAAGGCCGCUGGUGACACUUACUGCUGGACUUCCUGCUACAACACCGAGGUAGUCGUGGUUGAGUCUUGCGGCUGUGACAAGUCUACUACAUUCUUGUCUACCGUUUCCACUAUCCCCUCCACUUCUGAGGUCUUCUCCAGUGUCUACUCCUCUGCUUUGAUUUCCUCGAGCUCAGCUCCUGUGGUUUCUUCUUCUACCUUUGCUUCGGUUCCCAGUGCCAACAGCACUGUUCCUUCCAUCUCUUCUGAGGUCUCCACUCCCGUCGUCCCCACUUCUGGUGAGUGGGUAAGCUCUUCUGCUAACAACACCGAGUGGUCCUCUGCUUGGUCUUCCGCCUGGUCCAGCGCUUGGUCCUCUGAGUACUCCGUCCCCGUUGUUCCCACAUCUGGUGAAUGGGUCAGCUCCACCGCUGACAGCUCUGCUUGGUCCUCUGCCUGGUCCAGCGCUUGGUCUUCUGCAUGGUCCUCUGUUUCUACUGUUCCCGUCGUCCCCACUUCUGGUGAAUGGGUAAGCUCUUCUGCCAACCACACCGAGUGGUCCUCUGCUUGGUCUUCUGCCUGGUCCAGUGCUUGGUCCUCUGAGUACUCCGUCCCCGUUGUUCCCACAUCUGGUGAAUGGGUCAGCUCCACCGCUGACAGCUCUGCUUGGUCUUCUGCCUGGUCCAGCGCUUGGUCCUCUGCUUGGUCUUCUGAGUCAUCUGUUCCUUCCCUUACUUCUUCUGAGGUCUCCAGCUCUUUCUCGGUGCCUGUUCCCACCAUCACCAGUGCCAGCGCACCCGCAUCUUCCAGCUGCUCCUGCUCCUUUGUAACAAACACUGUUACUCGCACUGCUUCUACUUGUGAUGUUGGUGCUACUGCCAUUGCUUCUCCCUUGUGUGAUGUCGCCGGUGCUCAAGGUACCCCUGCUGGCGCAGUCCAAUUCCUUGGCGCUCAGAAGAUUAACGACAAUGACUACCGUGUUUCGUGGCAUGUCAAGGUCAACGCCGAUGGUAACACUGGUCUGAACGCUGUUAAGGACGUUGGUAACACCCCUGCUACUAUCUACGACGGCAGCCAAGGUUCUGCUUCCAACUAUUACGACUUGUACUACGUUGAUACUAUUACCCCUUGGAUUGAUGACGAGUGCUCCUGCAAGCAAAACUGUGUGGACAUUAAGUUUGAGUACGACUGGGCUGAUGGAAGUGCUUCUAAGUACAAGACUGGUUGCAACUCGAAAUCCUCUGGUAACACCUACUGCUGGUCUGAGUGCAUUAGCACUGAGGUAAUUGUUCAAGAGACCUGUGACUGCGGCAGCAAUGGAAUGUUCUCUUCUGAAUGGUCCACUGCUUGGUCUAGUGACUGGUCCACCGCGUGGUCUUCUGCUUGGUCUUCUCAGUGGUCUUCCGUCCCUACUCCUACCGCUGCUGUCUCCUCUGACUUUGCUUCUAGCGCCUGGUCCACCGCAUGGUCUUCUGCUUGGUCGAGUGCUUGGUCUUCUGAGUGGUCUUCCGAGUGGUCUAGUGCCUGGUCUUCUGUUCCUACUCCCACUUCUGGUGUUUAUGAGGGUUCGACUGCCUGGUCCUCCGCUUGGUCUACUGCUUGGUCUUCUGAAGCUACUCCCGUCGUCGAGUCUUCUGCCUGGUCCUCCGCUUGGUCUAGUGCCUGGUCCUCUGAGGCUACUCCCGUUGUUGAGUCCUCUGCCUGGUCCUCCGCCUGGUCUAGUGCCUGGUCCUCUGAGGCUACUCCCGUCGUUGAGUCUUCCGCUUGGUCCUCUGCCUGGUCUAGUGCCUGGUCCUCUGAGGCUACUCCCGUUGUUGAGUCCUCUGCCUGGUCCUCUGCCUGGUCUAGUGCCUGGUCCUCUGAGGCUACUCCCGUUGUUGAGUCCUCUGCCUGGUCCUCUGCCUGGUCUAGUGCCUGGUCUUCUGAGGCUACCCCUGUCUCUGAAACAUCCAGCUUCCUCAUUCCUGACAUUCCCGGUAACUUUGUUCCUUCUGUUACCCCUUCUGUCACAACCUAUAUCACUGAGGCCCCUACUCCUUCUACCCCCGCUUCGUCUUCUACUGAGGCUGUCUCUACGCCUAGUGCCUCUACUUGCGACACCAGCGGUAAUGUUGUUGCCACUGCUCAGUGCAGCGCUCAAAAGCAAGGUAAUCCCUCUGGUAUCGUUGAAUUCGUAUCUGCCAAGAAGUCCUCUUCUGGUUCUACAUACGAUGUGACUUGGCACAUGAAGGUUGACUCCGGUAACCGUGACAUCUCUACCAGUCUUUGGGAGUUGAAGGAUAUUGGUAGCUCUCAAAAGGUUCUUUACAGCAACAACAUCAGCCCCCCUGGUAAGGAUCUCUCUCAAAACUGGUUCGACUUUUACUAUGUCGACACCAUCGUCCCUACUUCUAACUCCUUGGGACAGCUUUGCGCUGACAUCCAAUUCCAAUAUGAUUACCAGGAUGGCACCAACAGUUACGAUUACCGUACCGGUUGUGACUCCGCCGCAGCUGGUGCCACCUACUGUUGGUAUCCUUGCGCUUAA